UAUUAAGCUGCUAAUUGUCCUAGCUGAUAUAUCCGCACACCUCUCAACUGCCUACAGACGCCUUUGCGACUCCAGACCAGAAGAAACCCAAAACAGAGGGUUUCAAUAUGGGGACUUUAACGUCUCUCACGCUAUUGGCAUUGUGCAUAGCAAUCCUCGCAGUACACGGAAGCCAUGGUCAUCCACACGGCCAUGGUCAUUCACACGAGAGACGGCGAUUCUGGCCGACGGGACAUCGAAUAAGACCGCACCGCUGUGGGGGUAUCAUCUUCCGUGCUGGCAAGCUCUUCAGGCGGUCAAUGUUCAGCACCCUCAGAGGGUGCCCACCAGGAAGCCAUCCCGUCAACAGAUCUUUCUGCAAGAUCUUCAACCUGGCUUUCUUCAUGAACUGGUCUAGAAGAUUUGCACCAAAGUUCGGAUUGAGAUUCGGCGGGAUCAGGCUGUUCAGAAGAAAAGGGAAGCAUCCUGCAAGGAGGCAAAGGUUUACUUUCUACCUCCGCGGUAAACGUUACGUCUUCACACCACAUAAAGUAUACCGAAAGCGUCUCUUCCGUUAUCACCGGAACAAACGUAUUCCAUUCGGAUUCUGCCUUCCCGGCAGCAGAAACUUCCCCAAAAGAAGAGGUGUCCCCAACUGCAAAGUUUUCAAUUUUUGGAUCUUCGCCAGAUUCCUCCGCAGACACGGCCGUAAGCUCUUCCACCUUGAAUUCGUCAGAUUCAAGUUUGGCAAGCUUUUGAAGAGAAACUUCCGACCCGGCGGUUGGCUCAAUCUACGAUGGUUCCGUAACUUGAAACAUUGCCCUUAUGGAACACGCAGAUACGGACGACGUUGUGAGGUUAUCCGCUUCGCCUUCUACCGUAAAUGGCUGAAGCUUCAUGGACACAGAUUCGGCAUCAACAGGCGAAUAUUUAAAUGGCUCCAUAGAUACCGCUUCAAGUUCUACAAGCACCUUAGGCGUCACCUCAAAGACCAUGGCCACUUGAAACUGAAAUGGUUCAGAGGUUUGAAGAACUGCCCGCACGGAACCAAGAGACAUGGCCACAGAUGCAAAAUUAAAAACCUCAAGUUCCUUAUACACUGGCUUCGACGUCACGCCCACCAUUUCCACAUCAACCUGGAUCGUUUGCCACAAGUACCAACCCUCAUACACUACUUCACGUUCAAUGGCCACGCCAAACCGCAGUGGAGAAUCCGGCGCCGUGGUGGUGUCAGAAUCGUCAAGAACAAGUACCUGUUUUUGCCAGGCCACAGGGGUUCCACCGCCACUUUCCGGCCCAUUAGAUUCCGCGGCAGCUUCACAAUCAGUUUCUACGUGAAGCCUCUGCGAGUCACCGGCAGGCAGACUCUGAUCGGCAGCUGGGUCAGGGAAAGAUGGCUUUACAAACUCCACCUUGUCAACGGACACCUCGGUGCCUGGCUCCGUCGCGGACCAAAACCCGGUGUCAACAUGGCGGUCAUUCCAUCCACGGCUGGAAAACUCUUCCGUAAUCGAUGGUAUCAUAUUGCCUUGAGAUGGAACGCGCGCACUAGGUUUUUCAGAAUAUUCCUCAAUGGCAAGCUCGUGGGUUCGAAAAAGUCCAAAUUCCCAUAUCCCGUCGAGCUCUUCCCCAACCCAGGCAGGACCGCCAUUGGCUUCAAACAGGACAGCAAAGAUGAAAACUUUUAUGGAUACAUUGCUGGGCUCAGGAUCGACCGAGGCGUAGUCCCAAGAAGGAGGUUUAUUAUGCUGUCCAGAAGAAUCAAGAAUUUCAACCUCCAUUUGGGAGGAUUCAAAUACAUGAAGAGCUUGAGGAGAAACUUGAGAACAGGUGGAAAGAUUUACCUCAACUGGUUCAGACGACUACAUAAGUGCCCACCAGGAACAACAGUAACGCGAUCCUUCAAGAAAUUUGGAACAGCAUGCGGAGUCCAUCAUCCUGGUGCUUUCUACCUAUGGUUGGUCAGACAUGGACCACGAUACGCCAUCAACAUCAGCAGGCUUCCACGACCACGAUUUUACCACUUUGCCCACGGAAACCGUUUGAUGCGUCUCUUCCCUGGUCAACACGCCCUCGGCGGCACUCUCAUCAGGGGGCGAUUCACUUCCAGCCGUUGCCGUAACUGGUGUGAACGCGUCCGCUGGUGCCGCGCCGUGGACUUCAAUGGACAGACCCAUAGAUGUUAUUACCACAGGAAGCCAUUCAGGAGAAUCAGAGCGACCAGAAGAAGCUCUGGUGUCAAGCAAGUCUGGAAGAUUGCCCAAUACGCAAAGAUACCACACCAUCAUGGCGUUCACCGAUUCCGUUACGGCAAAAUCUUCAGGAAGCAGAUCAGGAAGGGAGGUAUCAUUCAUCUUAAGUGGUUCCGAGGACUUCGUAGAUGCAUGCAUGGAACUAAGAGAAUCGGAAAGACGGGAGCAUGCAAAGUCUUCAGCCCAAGGUUCGUUUUUAGAUGGAUACGAAAACACCAUAAGUUCUUCCACUUUAACCUUUCUCGUUUCACACGCAUCCCAAUAACCUACCAUGUUUUCCACUUCAACGGCCGCCCGAAGCCGAGAAGAUGGAGAAUCGUACGUCGCCCUGGUGUCGUCAUCAAGAGAAAGGAAGACCUGUUCUUCCCAGGCAAGAAAGGUGCCUUUGCUACCGGACCGAGAUUCAACAAAUACGGCGGAAGCUUCACCAUCAGUUUCUACGUCAAGCCCAAGACCGUUAGCCGCAACCAGGUCCUGAUCGCUAACUGGGCGUCAAACAGAUGGCAGUACCUGUUCAGGAUCUGGAAGGGUGGUCAACUUGGUCUUUUCCUCCGUGGACCGACCCAGACUAUAGACAAGGUUGGGGAUAUGAGAGGUGGAAAGCUCCUGCCGAACAUAUGGUACUCCGUAGGAUUCUCAUGGAACGCUCACACUGGCGUUGCAAAGAUCUACGUCAAUGGAAAGGUGGUUAAAACCGUGAGGGGCAAGCCAGGGAACUUGUUCGCAAAUCCAUACCCAAGAUUCCAACUCGGAUACAAGAUGGACAGUAAAGAUGAGAACUUCUAUGGUCUGAUUGGUGACCUCAGAUUCACCAGAAAUAUUCUGCCUCUUCGCACAUUUGCUAGGUUCACAAGACUAAUUAGCGGAUUCCCGUUCUUGAAAAAGCUGAGGUUGAACUUUAGGAAGGGUGGCAUCAUUAAUCUGAGAUGGUUUAGGCGCAGGAGGUGUAUGCAAGGGACCAAGAGAGUAGGGAAGAGCAGGAAAUGCCGAGUCAUCCAUUUGAGAUUCUUCAGGCGGUGGCUUAGGUAUCACGCACACUGGUACAGAAUCGACCUUCGCCACUUCCCUCGAAUUCCCUACCUCUAUCACCUUUACCGCUUCACCGGGGCUAAACCGCAUAACCCAAAAUGGAGAAUCAUUCGCAAGGGAGGAGUCCGUUACAUUAAGAAGGGAAUCCUCUAUUUCCCCGGAAAGCGCGGAGCGUACGCCCUCGGAAGACGAUUCAACAAGUACCGCCACAGUUUCACCAUCAGCUUCUACGUCAAACCUUCAUCGAUUCGUCGCAGUCAGACACUCAUCGCACAAUUUGGCAACAAGAGAUGGCAGUAUCUGUUCAGAAUCCAGAAGGGUGGUCAACUGGGUCUAGAUCUCCGCAGAAACAAGUUCAACACCGGUAGUGACCCACGCCAGGAUAUGGUAUCUGUCACCAGCAAUGCGUAUAAAAUUAUCCCCAAACGUUGGAAUAAUGUCGGCUUCUCAUGGAACCAUCUUACAGGUGUUGCAACGAUCUACCUGAAUGGCAAAGUCGUCGGAAAGCGCAAGACACGCUACCGAGACCAUGACCUGUUCGCUAACCCCGAACCAUGGUUCCAGCUCGGCUACAAGAUGGACUCGAACAACGAGAACUUCAAAGGAGAAAUUGCUGGUUUGAGGCUAACUCGUGGCAUCCUCCCACUGAGGCAAUUCAGGCUGUUCUUUAAGAGAAUCUUUCACCGAUUCCCGUAUGGCAAAAUCUUCAGGAAGCAGAUCAGGAAGGGAGGUAUCAUUCAUCUUAAGUGGUUCCGAGGACUUCGUAGGUGUAUGCAGGGAACUAAGAGAAUCGGAAAGACGGGAACAUGCAAAGUCUUCAGCCCAAGGUACCUUUUUAGAUGGAUACGAAAACACCAUAAGUUCUUCCACUUUAACCUUUCUCGUUUCACACGCAUCCCAAUAACCUACCAUGUUUUCCACUUCAACGGCCGCCCGAAGCCGAGAAGAUGGAGAAUCGUACGUCGCCCUGGUGUCGUCAUCAAGAGAAAGGAAGACCUGUUCUUCCCAGGCAAGAAAGGUGCCUUUGCUACCGGACCGAGAUUCAACAAAUACGGCGGAAGCUUCACCAUCAGUUUCUACGUCAAGCCCAAGACCGUUAGCCGCAACCAGGUCCUGAUCGCUAACUGGGCGUCAAACAGAUGGCAGUACCUGUUCAGGAUCUGGAAGGGUGGUCAACUUGGUCUUUUCCUCCGUGGACCGACCCAGACUAUAGACAAGGUUGGGGAUAUGAGAGGUGGAAAGCUCCUGCCGAACAUAUGGUACUUCAUAGGAUUCUCAUGGAACGCUCACACUGGCGUUGCAAAGAUCUACGUCAAUGGAAAGGUGGUUAAAACCGUGAGGGGCAAGCCAGGGAACUUGUUCGCAAAUCCAUACCCAAGAUUCCAACUCGGAUACAAGAUGGACAGUAAAGAUGAGAACUUCUAUGGUCUGAUUGGUGACCUCAGAUUCACCAGAAAUAUUCUGCCUCUUCGCACAUUUGCUAGGUUCACAAGACUAAUUACGGUUCCAGCGAAAGGAGGUGAAAAACCAGAAGAAAAGCCCGAACCAAAAGAGGAGAAGCCUAAAGUGGAACCAGUGAAAGAAAAACCAGAAGAAAGGCCCGAACCAAAAGAGGAGAAGCCUAAAGCACCAACCAAAUUGACCAAAGAAAACCUAAAACCUGGCGGUAAAUUCGACCUCAGAGGUGUCUUCAAGGGACUUGCUACAUGCCCCGAAGGAACGAAAUCAGAGGGAGACGACUGCAUCAUAACCGACUACAAGAUUUUCAUCGCAUGGCUUAAGAUCCACGCCGCCACCUACCAUAUUGUCUUCGCGAGACUGCCCUUCUACACCACGACAACGACCACCACCACCACGGAAUUUUCGGUCGGACAGAAAUUCCCCAUUGACAUGUUCAAGGGUGCCUGUCCUGAGGGCACCAAAACUGUUGGAAAAUUUUGCGAGAUUGAAAACACAGACUCAUUCCUUGCCUGGUUGAAGAUCAACGCAAAGGCUUACGGAAUCGAAUACUCUUAUGAAGAGGUUGCUCCUGGCGGAGGCUCUACCACUGGCGGCGGCGGCGGCGGUGAAUACACGACUCAAACCGAGACUUCAACCACCACGGGUGGAGGCGGUUUCGCGAAUGGUCAAGAGUUCCCUAAUACAAUGUUCGAGGGUAAAUGUCCCACGGGUACAGCAAGCAAAGGAAAUACAUGCAUCGUGAAAGACGCCAACUCGUUCAUGGGAUGGUUGAAGGUGAAUGGAAAAAAAUACGGCAUUUCUUUCUCAACCUCGAGGAGGUAAAACUAUAUUCGUCGACUCCAGCUUAUCCUACAGCUGAAAUAGCCGGGAAACCUCCUCUGUUUUCUGUAUAGGAUAUGUGAAAGGAUCUAAUAAACUAUUGCAUUAAAAAACAAA